AUGUCCGCCUUCGCAGAUGGGACGGCAGGCCAACGCGCUCGUGGUGGCGGAAAGCGCAACGGCGGCAGGGCUGCCGCGGCCAAGGGCGGUCCCUCGGGCAGGCAGUCGCAGGAUGCGGAUGGAGGCGACGAGGGGGAUCAUGCCGAGCCGGAAGCUCGUGGUGGCGGAAAGCGCACCGGCGGCAGGGCUGCCGCGACCAAGGGCGGUCCCUCGGACUCGCAGGAUGCGGAUGGUGGCGACGAGAAGGAUCAUGCCGAGCCGGAAGCUACUGGUGGCGGCAUACGCAACGGCGGCAGGGCUGCCGCGGCUAAGGGCGGUCCCACGGGCAGGCAGUCGGAGGAUGCAGAUGGUGGCGACGAGGGGGAUCAUGCCAAGCAGGAAGCUCGUGGUGGCGGCAUGCGCAACGGCGGUAGGGCUGCCGCGGCCAAGGCCGGUCCCUCGGGCUCACAGGAUGCGGAUGGUGGCGACGAUAAGGAUCAUGCCGAGCCGGAAGCUCGUGGUGGCAGCAUGCGCAACGGCGGCAGGGCUGCCGCGGCUAAGGGCGGUCCCUCGGGCAGGCAGACGCAGGAUGCGGAUGGUGGCGACGAGAAGGAUCAUGCCGUGCCUGCAUGCCGUGGCGUUAACGAUCAUGAUGAGGACGAGCCAGCAGCUGUGACUGAUGGGAAAGGUGGACGUGAAGCUGUGAUUCCCUACCAACGGCGCAAGGCUGUGGAUCCGGGCAGUUGCGACCAUAAGGCGAGACAAGCUCGGCGCGGCCCCAAUGUGCACGUUUUGAGCUCGUCUGGUUCCGAGGAAGAUUCGAGCGACAGUGAGUCGGGCAGCUCAUCCGGGAGUGAGGAGGUAUACGAGGACGAGGUUGAGGAGGAGGAGGACGAGGAUGAUGAGGAGUUGGAGCCGGAGAGCGAGGAUGGGGAGGAGGCUCGGCCUUUGCAGAGGAGGAGUGUGAGGAAGCUCAAAAAGGGCAACGCUAAGCAAAAGUCGGAGAGGGGACGGGUAAAGAUCUGUAAACAGAGUGUGCGUCGUGCCAAACCACAAGGCAAGCGCCAGAGACCUCGAUUUGAAGCUAAAAUAGUGGGUGUGCGUAGCAAGGCGAAGCGGGAGUUGAAUUUUUACGAAUCAAUGGGGAGACGAUGUCCAUCAAGCUCUCAUGAACGGCAAGCCGCGGACCCGUACGCUGCGUUACGCGAUCCGAGGGGUUCGGCUGGGAAGGGAGAUCAGAUGGCUUGGGGGUCAGCGCGGUUUGGCAAAGAAGCGACGGACCCGCCCCCCAACCAUAUGGGGGGUCGCGCGGUUCAUGUGAAGAACGAGGGGGCAACGAAGCGGCACGAACCCUCGGUAGCUGCAGCAGCGAAUGACGGUCUGGGAGGUGUGUGGGCGAAUGCCUUGGGUGAAUGUGGCGGCGGUGUGGAAGGCUCCAUGUGGGAUAUACGGGAGAGCAGGGGAGAAGGGGGGGACGAGAAAAUGGAUCCAGCGACUAAGGAGGGGAGGGGAGAGAGCAUGGGCACACCUGGCGCAUCCAGUCGGCCGGAUGUGGCUGGCGGCAGGACUGUGGAGCAGCUCAUGCGAGAGCUUGCCCAGCGGGAUCGCGAAAUCGCUGCACUCAAGGCAAGGCCAGGAUCAAAAGGAGCUGUCAAGCCCUGCACCCCUCCAUCUAGGCCUCCUCCUCUAGCAUCUCUGUCGAGCGGCCCAUCUAUAGGGGGCCUCGAUCCAGACGUGGCGCCAGAAAGCCCAGCGACGGUAGACGUAGCGGUCCGUCGAACGCGUGGGAUGCCCACACCCAAGCUGCUGAAGCUAAGCAUAGCAGUCAUCCUUCAUCUCACUCCCCUCUCUCUCCCAUCCCUCCCCGCCCUUUGCGAGAGCCCCUGUUCAUGGUGCUGGGGGUGGUGUGGGUGUCAUGCGGCGGAGGGAAUAGAGGAAGCCGUAUCCGUCAAUCCCACGCGGCCCCCUUUCUGUCCGCCGCUCCUCCCUCCCCUCUCUAUCCCGUCCCUCUCCCUCGUCGUCCAGAGCCACUGUAAAAGAGCUCCUGUUCAUGGUGCUGGUGGUGGGGUGGGUGUCAUGUGGCGGAGUGAUCAGCUCCUGUUCAUGGUGCUGGUGGUGGGGUGGGUGUCAUGUGGCGGAGUGAUCGUAAAGCGCAGCAGUUAUCCUUCCCAUCCCUCCCCCCUCUCUCCCAUCCCUCCCCUCCCUCUGCGAGAGCCCAUGUUCAUGGUGCUGGGGGUGGUGUGGGUGUCAUGCGGCGGAGGGAUAGCUAAGCAUAGCAAGCCCAUGUUAAUGGUGCUGUUGUUGCUCUCCCCUUCCCUCCCGCCAUCCCGUUCUCUCCCUCCCUCCAUUUCUCUUCAGCCCUCCCCUUCUCUCCCGCCCUCCAUGUCUCUCCUGCCCUCCCCCUCUCCCCUGCCCUCCCCUUCUCUCCCGCCCUUCCCUGCUCUACUGCCCUCCAGCCAACCCUCCAUUCAUUCUAUACCGCCCUCCACUUCGUCCAUACCCUUUGGACAACCCCUAACCAUGUCGUGCAUGAUCUUCGUCCCCGCCUUGUCCUGCGUGCGCGCAGGAGGGAAUCGGCGGGGCUUGGCAAAGGUUAAGAAGACCGACUGGAACGUCUCAAACUCCCACCGCAAGAACACCGAGUGGAUGACGGGUUUGCACCGAAAUGUGCGGUGGAUUAUCAAGGACCACUUCACACGCCACACCCCCGUGUACAACACAGUCGUGCAGGGCUUCAAGUGGGGCGACCGUGGCCUGUAUGUUCACGAGUCAGGAUUUGAGGCGUUCAAGGGGAAGGCCGUGCCUGACGAGGAGAAGAAGGACUUGAAGGAGGAAGAGCAGGAGGUGUACGACGCGGAGGACUUGAAGACGGAUGACGAGGAGGAUGACGAGGAUCAGGAGGAGGAGGAGGAGGAGGAGGAGGAGGAGGAGGAGGAGGAGGAGGAGGAGGAGGAGGAGGAGGAGGAGGAGGAGGAGGAGGAGGAGGAUGAGGAGGAGGAGGAACAGUGGGGGCAGGAGCGGAGGAAGAGCAAAAGGCACAAGAGAUGCAAAAGCAGGGGAGGCAAGAGGGAUGAGCAAGAGGAUGAGGAUGAGGAAGAGGAGGAGGAGGAUGUGGAACGGGGGGGGCGGGAGCUUAGGAAGGGCAGAAGGCAGAAGAGAGGGAAAAUCAAAGGAAGCAAGGGGGAAGAGGAAGAGGAUGAGGAGGAGGAGGAGGGGGAGCAGGCGGAUGAAAAUCAUAGGGGGCAGGAGAGGAGGAAGGGCAGAAAGCACAAAAGAGGCGGAGGCAAGGGAAGCAGGAGGGAAGAGGUAGAGGAGGAAGAAGUAGAAGAGGAGGAAGAGGAUGAGGAUGAGGAUGAGAAGGGGGGGGGGCAGGAGCGAAGGAGGGGCAAAAGACACAAGAGUGGCAAACGCCGGGGAGGCAAGAGGGUCAAGCGAUGGGGCGACUAA